AUAUUUACGAUGAUAUACACAAACAAUUUGAAUUUCAAAAACAAACAGUCCUUGCUGAUAAAAUUCUUACAAAUUAUGAAAAAACUUAUGCAAUAAGAUUAUUAAUUAAAAAUUAUGAUCGAGAUAAAGUAAGAAUUUGUAAAAAUUGUUACCAAGAAUGUUUAGCCACAUUAUAUUGUGAAUAUUGUGUUCGAAAUUAUUUACAAGAAAAUUUUCCAAAUUGGACAUCCGGGAAUGAUGAUAUUGAUAAUUUAAUACAGGAAUGUCAAAUGGAAACACUUGUGCCAAAUGUGGUAAUUGAAUGGAUCCCGUAUAGUAAUUUAGAAAAUACUAAAUAUUUAACGAAAGGUGGAUUCUCAGAAAUUUAUACGGCAGAUUGGAUUAAUGGAAAUUAUGAUGAAUGGGAUUCUGAAAAAAAACAAUUAAAAAGAUUUGGAAAUUUCAAAGUAAUAUUAAAAAAAUUAGAAAAUGUUGUAAGUGCAAAUCAAAGUUGGUUUGAAGAGGCUAAAUCACAUUUAACUAUAAGUAACAAAUGGACAGAUGUUGUUCAAUGUUAUGGUUUAACACAAAAUCCAUCAAAUGGAAAUUAUAUGCUGGUAAUGAUGAAAAUGGAUAUAGAUUUAAGAAAAUAUUUACAACAAAAUCAUAAUCAACUUACUUGGAAAAAGAGAAUUAAUAUUACUUAUGAAAUAAUUCAUGCACUUUAUUAUAUUCAUGAUGAGAAAGCAAUUCAUAGAGAUUUACAUUCUGGAAAUAUAUUAUAUUCACAAUUUAAUGAUUCCUGGUAUAUUAGUGAUCUUGGAUUUUGUGGACCUGCUGAUAAAUGUUCAACAAGUAUAUAUGGAAAUCUUCCUUACAUAGCACCCGAAGUUAUUGUUGGAAGAGAACAUACUUUUGCAUCUGAUAUUUAUAGUAUUGCAAUUCUUAUGUGGGAAAUUUCAUCUGGACAAACACCAUUUAUAAAUUAUGAACAUGAAAAUGAUAUUGUAAUGAAUAUUAUUAACGGUAUAAGACCAAAAAUUGUGCCGGGGACUCCAUUAGAAUAUAAAAAUUUAAUGAAAGAAUGUUGGGAUGCCGAUCCAUUAAAAAGACCUGACGUUAUUGCACUUGGGGAAAAAAUGAUAAGAAUUAAUUUAGAUUAUCAAAAUAUGACAGAUGAAUUAUUCAAAUCAGAAAUAGAUAAUUUAGAAGUGAAUAAAGUAGAAGAAAAUUAUACGAGUAACAGAUUAUUUACAAGUAAAAUUCACAACUUUGAAAAUCUACCUGAACCAAAAAAUGCAACAGAAGAAGAACAAGAAGGGUUUCAUAGUAAAUUGUAUGAUUUUAACAUUCCUAACAAUAUUAACGACUUUAAUGGAUCAAAUAAGCAGUAUAGUGAUAGUGAAAAAUUACCCAAAGAAUUUAUAAAGUUACAAAUAAAUUCAAAUGAAAUAAUUCAACAACAAAUGGAAAGGAAAGAUAUUAAUAAUAUUGAUGAUAAUGAAAAAGAAAUAAUUCAACAAAAAAUGAAAAGACAAAAUAUUGGUGAUAUUGAUGAUGAAGAUGAAGUAUAUAAUAAUCCAAAUCUUCAUUCAAAAGAACAAGAUGAAUUGGAAAUUCCUGAUGAUGGAUUUUGA